AUGUCGUCGGCCUCACCAUCCAAAGAGCCGGAACUUGACCCCGAGGUUCAGUCGGGUGAAGAGCAAGACCAAAUGGACAAAGACCAGCACGAUCCGACCGGACAGGGACAGGGCGAGUUUGAAGUGAAGGAGCAAGAUCGGUGGCUCCCGAUUGCAAAUGUUGCUCGUAUCAUGAAACUCGCUUUGCCCGACAAUGCCAAGAUAGCAAAGGAAGCAAAAGAAUGCAUGCAGGAGUGUGUGAGCGAGUUCAUCUCGUUUAUCACCAGCGAGGCUUCCGAGAAGUGUCAGCAGGAGAAGCGCAAGACUGUUAACGGUGAAGAUAUCUUGUUCGCCAUGACAUCCCUUGGCUUUGAGAACUACGCUGAAGCUCUUAAAAUCUACCUUUCCAAGUACCGCGAGACUCAAUCAGCCCGUGGUGAGAACCAGCCCCGACCUGGUAGCAGCGGUUAUGGCGGUCCAGGAGGAGGCGGUUCUCAGGGCCGCCCUGGAUUUCCAGAGGCAGGAGAUGGUGCCAACAGUAUUCUGAACCCCGGUAUUGAUCCAUCUGAACAAGACGCAUCCGCAUAUGGGUACCCUCCCAUGGUAGGCCAACCUCACAAUGGUGCUGGUGACUCAUACUAG